CGUCCACGUAAAAAUAAGUGAGGACAACAAAAUUGAAAAUACCAGACCAAUCCCUACUCGCCAGUCAACCGUGAAAAACAACCAAAAGAGAAUCGAAAAACUACCCUCUAGAUUUGUCCCUGUAAUUUUUAUGCAGUUCUCCUCUUUCUUCGUUUAAUAUACAUACACAGAUCUCUCUCUAAUUUCUCAGUUGGCCAGAAAUGGCGGGAGGAGUGAACAGGAAGAUAUCUGCGGCUUCGGCCAGAGCCCAUACUAGAAGAGCUAAGCAAAGUAGCUCCCUUAAGCUUCCUUCGGGGAUUUUUUCAAAAAUACUACUGGUCUUGUUUGUGGGGAUUUUGGCAUGGGCUUAUCAGGUGAUCCAGCCUCCUCCACCCAAGACGUGUGGUUCUCCAGGUGGGCCUCCUAUCACAGCACCAAGAAUAAAGCUUAGAGAUGGUAGGCAUUUGGCCUACAAACAACACGGUGUCUCAAAAGAUGUGGCCAAAUUUAAAAUUAUCUAUGUUCAUGGUUUUGAUUCUUCCAGGCACGAUCCUGUUGUUGCCGCUCACAUUUCACCGGAAAUUUUUGAAGAAUUAGGGGUCUACAUUGUGUCCUUUGAUAGACCAGGUUACGGAGAGAGUGAUCCUCAUCCAGAACGAACAUUGAAAAGUUUUGCUCUGGAUAUUGAAGAACUUGCUGAUCAGUUGGGACUAGGAUCCAAAUUCUAUAUGAUUGGCUUUUCUAUGGGCGGAGAGUUGACUUGGAGCUGCCUCAAGUACAUUCCUCACAGGUUAGCAGGAGUAACACUAUUAACUCCAGUCACUAAUUAUUGGUGGGCUGGUUUUCCUGUGAACUUAUCUACAGAAGCCUUCCGCAAACAGUUUCCAUCAGACCAGUGGGCACUUCGUGUUGGCCACUAUCUUCCUUGGCUAACCUAUUGGUGGAAUACCCAAAAGUGGUUCCCUGGUUCUAACGUUAUGGCUCAUAAUCCUGAUAUUCUUGCUCAGCCAGACAAAGAAAUUACAGCAAAGCUCAUAGCAGAUAAGAAUUAUAUGGCUCUUCGGCCACAAACAAGACAGCAAGGUGAAUAUGAGUCUGUUGAUCGUGACAUUAUGAUUGGAUUUGGCACAUGGGAAUUUGAUCCUAUGGACCUGGAAAAUCCAUUUCCAAACAAUGAAGGUUCUGUUCAUCUAUGGCAAGGAGAUCAAGAUAAUCUUGUGCCUGUUACAUUGCAACGCUACAUUGCUCAACGGCUUCCCUGGAUUCACUACCACGAGUUACCAGGUUCUGGCCAUCUGUUUCCUUUCAAUGAUAGGAUGGCUGAUAAGAUUAUAAAGACAAUGUUAACUGGUGAGCAGUAGCCUUCCACGUUAUUAUAUCAGGUUAGAUUUUCGGAUGGCUUCUUUCACCUUUGAACUUGAAGAUUUGAAGUUUUUUUCCUCAUUUUUGUCGUAGAAGAUAAAUUUUGUACCAAUAUCUAAAUUGAUGAUGUGGGAAUGCUAUUACUGUUUUAUGAUCAGUUUUGAACAUUGAUUUGCCUACCUGGGAAAGUUGUUUUGAAUUAGAUUGCAUGAGCUGUUAAAAGCAUAUACUUAGCAAUGCCAACCCGCAGUUUGUCUA